UCCGGUGAAAAACCAUUUAAAAUAAAAUAAAAUUGAAAGGAGAUUGGAGGCAACAGGCAAUGUACCCGUCCUUCCUCCUCUUUUCUUCAUUGAAGCGGCUAAUCUGAAUUCUCCGUUGAAGCGAGUUGUGAGCCUUCGCUCCUCCAUUGAAGUGGCUUGUUAGCUUUACCUCAAUUGAAGCGUAGUUAUCUAAUUAAGGAUGGUUGUCAAGUUUGAUGUAGAUUUAAAUGAGCCGCUGGUUUUCCAGGUUGGCCAUCUUGGAGAAGCUUAUGAUGAAUGGGUUCAUCAGCCUAUUGUCAGCAAGGAGGGCCCUCGCUUUUUUGCAAAUGACAAUCUGGAGUUUUUAACUCGCACUAAGUGGUGGGUGAUUCCGCUGGUAUGGCUACCAGUCGUGUGCUGGCUUGUUUACGUAGCUAUGCAGAGGGGCCUUACCCCUGCUCAAGCAGCAGCAGCAGUAGUCUCUGGUAUCGUCCUUUGGUCACUGAUGGAGUAUAGUUUGCACAGAUUUCUGUUUCAUAUAAAAACACAAAGUUACUGGGCAAACACCAUGCAUUAUCUUCUUCAUGGUUGCCAUCACAAACACCCCAUGGAUGCUCUGCGGCUUGUGUUUCCUCCAGCAGCAACAGCAAUUCUUUGCAUACCAUUUUGGAGCCUAAUCAGACUUUUUUCUACUCCAUAUAUUGCACCUGCUUUAUUUGGUGGUGUUUUGCUGGGAUAUGUAAUGUAUGAUACUACUCAUUAUUAUCUGCACCAUGGACAGCCCAGCACAGGAGUUCCUAAAAAGCUUAAGAAAUACCACUUAAAUCAUCACUUCCGUUCUCAAACAAAGGGGUUUGGAAUCACGUCCUCCUUAUGGGAUCAUGUGUUUGGAACAUAUCCCCAACCGAAAGUUGUGCGCUGAUAAUCGUGUUCUAACAUUUGUGGUGAUGUAGAGAUUUUUUUGUAAAGACUGAGGAAUGACGGAGAUUAAUUUCCAUCUAGAAGCCUGCCGUGAAGAGUUUUUUACUGCCCAUUUACAUGUUCUUAAUCUUUGCAAUACUUAAUGAUUUAAUGAUUUGGAUGCCUGUUAUCUGUAAAGUAGUAAGCAUUAUAUAUUCUCAUCUAUUAAUAUUUUUCUUUAAAAGAUAAUUUCAAAAAUUAAA